AAAACUUCAACGACUUCAACAGUCACUGUGCAAUUUGUCCUAACCGACGAUUUUUGUAAGUGGGUUUUUUUGGGUAUAAAUUAAUAAUCAUGUCGUCGAGUGACAGAUUAAUUUUAAGUAUAAGUACACAAAUAGAAUCGGUUAAAGUUGCAGAUGGCCGAAAAGGUUAUGAAGCUCUGUCUCAUAUUUUAACAAAGAACUUAGAAUUAAAUAAUCCGGAUGAUGUGUGGUCGAAGUUAUUUAAUUCUAUCAACUUUUGUCUGCAACAGGUUUGCGCCAUAUUGUGCAUUUGAAAAUAAAUAUCCUGAACAAUUGAGCCAUGCUGAUGGAAAUUCAUUUGUAGAACUUCUUAUUAACGUUAAGGAUUCAUGUUCAGUAUCAGAUCACUUUGAUUUAUUAAGCAAUUGUGUGGAAGCAUUCGUUGAAUUAGUGAUCUUCACCACUGUUGAAUAUACAGAAAAAUGGUUUAAAUUAUUUGAAAUGACUUGCAGAAAUGUUAUUUGUCUAGGAUAACAAGAAUCAAUAGUCAGUUCUUGUUGUAGAAUUGUCGGUGAAUUCGUACUUGAAUGUUUAAACUUUAAAAACAUUCGAGUACGAAUUCACCGACAAUUCUUAAACUUUACUUCAACUUAAACUUUAAACGAACCAAUUUUAAUGGACAGAUUUUUGAAAUCGACGUUGUUAAAUAAACCAAAAUAUCAUCCAACAACUUUAAGCUUUCAUGUUUAAAAGUGAUGAAAGCUUGAAGUUGAUGGAGGAUAUUUUGGUUUUGAUGUUGGUGAAUGAUGGCUCAGAGUUGUGUGAAUUCUGUAUGAAACUUCUCAACACUAAUUUAAACCUGGAUCUAUCAACAUUAGUAAAGAUCUUAAAAUUUGUUGUCCCCAAUGGUUGCAAGUGCUCCAAACUUGCCAUUGAGCUUCUUAAAUUUUUAUCAAACGUUAGGAAGUUAUAUGGUGUAAAUUGUAUUAAAACAUCUAAACAUUUGCAAGAAGAAAUAUUCAGUUUAAUAAUUGCCAUAUGCUAUGAGAUUCCAACAAAUUUUCCACAAACAUUUUGCGCAUUUGCAAAUGAUAUCACACCAAAGUUGUUAUUGUUAUGAUUCUUCGGAUGGAAAUAAUUAAAAAAAAG